GGAUGAGGGGUGAGGGAUUGGAGGGGGGAGAAGACUCCUCGACUCUGGGCUGGCCUGGAGCACGCCCCGCAGGGGCCUCAUGUCAAAUGACGACGGUCGGAUUUCCUGAUUUGAGGACCGUUUUCGGUUUGGCUCAAGUCGAUCGAUCUUGUGGGAAGCCUCAGUUCACAGAGUGCAAGGUGCAGACGUUGUGUGAGCGCCAUGGCCCGCGUGUCAUUCGCCAUGCUGUCGCUCGGGGCAGCGCUGGCCACUGAGGAGACCACGGCAAGCUUGCGGGGCUCUGCUGCGGCGCGACGCCUGGAGAGCUGCACCGCGGACGCGAAGCCAUGCGCAGCCCCGCACUCCAACUCGGCUAUCCAGCUGCCUGGCAAGGGUGCGUCGAGGAUUCCGGCUGCCGGUACUGCGAUGCCUCGGCGAUCGGCGGGCCAUCGUACGAUGGUGAGGCGUGCCCUUCGCCAGCGCCGUCUUCGGGCUGCACUGCGGACGCGAAGCCUUGCGCAGCACCGCAUGCCAACUCGGCUAUCUGGUGUUUCGAGGACCCGACCUGCCCAGGGCAAGGGUGCGUCGAGGACUCGGGCUGCCGGUACUGCGAUGCCUCGGCGAUCGGCGGGCCAUCAUACGAUGGUGAGGCGUGCCCAUCUAUCCAGUCUCUCGGUGCCGCACUGGCCGCCGACGAGGGCUGCGACGGGAUGACCUACACGAGAAACUACGCCGAGGGCACACCGCACGAGUGCAGGUGCGACAGCUACUGCGACGACUUCUGCGACGAUGGGCCGAAUGGCUGCGCCAGGACGUGCAGGAUCUUGAACGGAGUUUUCGAGCACAUCCCGUCCGUACAUGCAGGCGACCGUACUUGCACCUGGUACGCGCACUACGUGACCAAACCGAUUAACUACGAGGGCUACGAUUGCUCGUGGAUGACUGGCACUGGCGAGGGCGGCCAUGGAGACGAUUGUCAAGAUUGGACGUCCGUUGGCGCCUUGAAGUGCCGGGAGGGAAACCAGAACCAGAACAAUUGCCACUUCUAAUCAUGGUGAGUGUUCCCGAGGAGAAGGUCUUCCCGAUUUCAGAAAUCUUGUGGUGGGCGAAGGGGUUGAGAUGCAUUAUACCCAGCUUUUUCAGGCUCAGUCCACUGCCUCUUCCAGCCAAGAGCGUGCGGAAGAGAGUACAGAGAGCAUGAUUCGUAGAUGAUGGAGAUACAUUAGCAUCCUACCAGUGCUUCCCAUCACCAAAAGUUUGGACCGUUGUGGGGGUCUGGGGCACUUCGCAGACGUGCUGUUCGCACAAACCGCAGCUGUAGGAAAUCUUGACGCUUCGCGCCCCAUCCAGAAACGAUCCCCAAUCGAGGUACCUUGAUCAGGAACGCGAAGCUGCAUGCAGCCCAGGAGCGUACCAUACAUGUCUUCGUGGGUCUUUCGAAGGACGUGGAGGGACCCGACCUGCCCAGGGCAAGGGUGCGUCGAGGAUUCCGGCUGCCGGUACUGCGAUGCCUCGGCGAUCGGCGGGCCAUCGUACGAUGGUGAGGCGUGCCCUUCGCCAGCGCCGUCUUCGGGCUGCACUGCGGACGCGAAGCCUUGCGCAGCACCGCAUGCCAACUCGGCUAUCUGGUGCUUCGAGGACCCGACCUGCCCAGGGCAAGGGUGCGUCGAGGACUCGGGCUGCCGGUACUGCGAUGCCUCGGCGAUCGGCGGGCCAUCAUACGAUGGUGAGGCGUGCCCUUCGCCAGCGCCGUCUUCGGGCUGCACUGCGGACGCGAAGCCUUGCGCAGCCCCGCAUUCCAACUCGGCUAUCUGGUGCUUCGAGGAUCCGACCUGCCCAGGGCAAGGUUGCGUCGAGGACUCGGGCUGCCGGUACUGCGAUGCCUCGGCGAUCGGCGGGCCAUCAUACGAUGGUGAGGCGUGCCCAUCUAUCCAGUCUCUCGGUGCCGCACUGGCCGCCGACGAGGGCUGCGACGGGAUGACCUACACGAGAAACUACGCCGAGGGCACACCGCACGAGUGCAGGUGCGACAGCUACUGCGACGACUUCUGCGACGAUGGGCCGAAUGGCUGCGCCAGGACGUGCAGGAUCUUGAACGGAGUUUUCGAGCACAUCCCGUCCGUACAUGCAGGCGACCGUACUUGCACCUGGUACGCGCAUUACGUGACCAAUCCGAUUAACUACGAGGGCUACGAUUGCUCGUGGAUGACUGGCACUGGCGAGGGCGGCCACGGAGACGAUUGCCAAGAUUGGACGUCCGUUGGCGCCUUGAAGUGCCGGGAGGGAAACCAGAAUCAAAACAAUUGCCAUUUCUAAUCAUGGCGUUCCCGAGGAGAGGGUCUUCCCGAUUUUAGAAAUCUUGUGGUAGGCGAAGGGGCUGAGAUGCAUGAUACCCAGCUUUUUCAGGCUCAGUCCACUGCCUCUUCCAGCCAAGAGCGUGCGGAAGAGAGUACAGAGAGCAUGAUUCGUAGAUGAUGGAGAUACAAUAGCAUCCUACCAGUGCUUCCCAUCACCAAAAGUCUGGACCGUUGUGGGGGCCUGGGGCACUUCGCAGACGCGCUGUUCACACAAACCGCAGCUGUAGGAAAUCUUGACGCUUCGCGUCCCAUCCA